GGAAGCAGGAUUCCCGCCCGGCCGCCACUCAAAGCUCCGGUUGAAAGCUCUUCAAUCUUCUUUCGCUUUUUCCCUUUUCAUGAAGGAAGCUUUCUUGGAGGCAUGGCACAGAGAUAUAUUGGCCAAUAUUUUCAGGAGUAAGCAGGCGGUACUCAUGCAUGAUCCAAUCGGUUCUAGUUCCAUGGGGAGGCUUCCCUCUGUAAAAAACCAGGGUCUUCUUCAUCCCCACAGCAUAAUUCCCUUUGGAAGCCAGAACUUGCUUGUCGAUCCCUGUGGCCUUCCAGUAACCCGAGGCAGUCGCUCUAUUCGAACGGUUCCCAUUCGGGUACUUGGCCUCCUUGGUGCUGAAGAAGUACCUCUCUUGCUGCAAAUCCCCUGCCACAAGACAGAAACAGAGCACGGUCCCAGGGAUCGGAUUUGCAGACGUCGACUUCAGGGAUAAUGGAGGCCGGCAAAGGGAAGGAGUAGGCUUUCCUCCUCAGGUACUGAACAACGAGUUCUUCGUCAGUCGGGUGGAAUCUGAAGCCAGGUGGCAGCCUCAGGACGCCAUUCUUCACGAAGCUGUGCUUCUCCAUAUUUGACUUCCAGAGAGGGGAAAAGGGUAGCUGGGAAAGGAAUGGGUAAAGCUCCCAACUUUAAGACAGAAACAGGGGGGAAGGGAAGGGAAGGGAAGGAAAGGAAGAGAGGGUUGUGGAAGAUGGUUGAGAGGGAAAGUGUGGGGAAGGGGUUCUUUAUAGGAAGGAAUGGGUGACGGAGGAAGAAGGGAAGAGAAAUGGGAGAAUCAGAAGAAAGGGAAGAAAGAAGGAAUCAAAGCCUCCAUCUCUCUCUCUCUCUCUCUCUCUCUUCUGUGGCCAAAUUGGGGGGGCUUGGCGUGAACCAGACUCAAGCUCUUUCCUUCCUUGUUUUGACGCUAUUUGUCUCCCAAAGAAACGUUCAUGGGUGUCCUUCAAUCGGUUAAUUUUGGGUAUUUUUGGCGCCCUCCUUGAAAUCCUUCCCCU